AACGUAAACCAGUUAACAAACCGGUAUUUAUUUUUACACAUGUGUACAUGUAUGUCCUGGAUUAUAACAUUGAUUUUCUAACUUGUACAACAGGAUGCCGUUUACAAUUUGUCCAUUUGACCACAGAGUUAUAGCUGCAGGAUCUCUGUCUAUCACCACUGGAAUUGCAGUUUUCACGACUUAUAAAUGGUUAUCUGAAAGAAGGCGAAAAGCUCAAAGUAACGUUUAUGAAUCGGAUAAAUUAGUGAACGAAUACCUUGCUUUUCAUUUUGCAAAUGAGAAGAACAUUCGCCUAGAUCUUAUUCCUGCAAGUGCUCUCGACUUUCCUAAACGAUGUGCUGAUUUAUGUCUUAAACACUCGGAGACUCUUCUGAAGUUUAAUUCUGUUUCACGAGCAUUAGAUAUAGGAUGUGCAGUUGGUCGAUCAUCGUUUGAAUUAGCCAGGAAGUUCCAGGAAGUCAUAGGUAUAGACUAUAGUCAAGCUUUUGUUGAUGCUUGUCAACAGUUAAAGGACCAAGAUAGCAGAGUCUACUUCAUCACAGACGAGGGAGAGUUAACCACAGGCUGUUCUGCUAAAGUUGCUGAGGGCAUUGAUAAAAGUAGAUGUUCCUUUCAACAAGGUGAUGCCUGUGACCUUCCACAUGACAUUGGAAAGUUUGGAUGUGUAUUAGCAGCCAAUCUUAUCUGUAGACUGCAUACUCCUUUAGACUUCCUCAAUAGAAUGGCUGAUUUAGUUAUUCCUGGUGGAAUUUUAGUGAUUACCUCCCCUUAUACAUUCCUGGAGGAAUUUACACCCAAGUGCAAUAUGCUUGGAGGAUAUAUAGGUAAAGAUAACAAGCCUGUGACAGGCAAGAUGACCUUGAAAAAAGUAUUAGGACCAUCAUUUGACCUUGUAGAAGAAGUAGAUAUGCCUUUCUCUAUUAGAGAAACAGCAAGAAAAAAUCAGUUAACUGUAGCCGAAGCAACUGUGUGGAGGAGGAAAAAUGUUUAAUGUUGGAAUGAUAUAGUCAUAAAUAUUUGAAGACUGACUAGAACAAUUUUUUUUUUCGAAAAGUAUAUGAACAGAAAAAUUAUCUUAAAUGAGUAAUGUCACUACAAACACUUCUUUAUUUCAUAUUAUGCCACACUUGUUUUUUUAAUUUCGAGCAGUGCUAUACUACUGUUGCUUUUAUUUUGGUUCUUUCCAUAGAUGAUGUUUUGAUUCUGCAAGAGCCAAAUAUACUUUUUAAAAUCAACUGAAUAACAAAAUCCUCCCACAAAAAAUGUAACUGGUCUUUGGUGUUAUACAGUGUGAUUGGACAACUUACACAAUUUCCAAAAAGAUACAUUGGACCACUUUAACAAUUUCACACAGGAUAUUUUAAAAAACUACUAUAUGCAAUGAUAUUGAAUGCAGCUGGUAUGUGUUUUGUCUAAAAUUAAGGGUUAUUAGUUGUUACCUCCCCCUGAAUUUAGAUAUAAAUUGGAAUUAAUUCCCAUUUAAUUAAGAUAUUAAGGGGAGACAAUCAGUUGCACCCAGAAGGUUACAUUAUCUCCCCUGUAUAUGGUCAUAUUGUACUGAAUGUUUUGAACUUUCAUUGCCAUAGAUACAGAAGGGACUAUGUACUUAAUAUAUAUUUUUAUAGUUUGCAUAAAAGUUUAUUAUUGAGACUCAAAAAUUUUGUCAUGAUUGAAGUUGUGUAAAAAAUAAAUUGGCUCAAAUGUUA